GAAUCCCCUCCUCUCGAAUCUUUCCUCCUCUCUCGCCUCGCCGGCGAAACCCUAGCCCAGCUGCGGCGGCGGCGGCGAGACCGAGAGAGAGAGGCCGGAGAGAUUUUGUGGGGAGGAGGAGGAUUGGUUGACGGUAGGGCGGGGGGGACAUGGCGAGGUGCUUCCCGUACACGCGUAACCCCGUGGCGGAGUCGAUGUCUUCGGCGGCGGCGGCGGCGGUUGAGCCGGGGAUCGAUAAGCUCCAGAAAGAAAGGGAAAUGAUGCAAAAGAAGGAAAAGAAGGAAAGGAAGAAAGAGAAAAGGAGACAAAAGAAAGCUGCCCAGCUGGGUGAGAAAUAUGAGACAGAUGAUCAUCACUCUAAGCAUGGCCAUAAGAAGAGAAAGCACUCAGGCUGUGAAAUAGUUGGCGAGGAGACAAGAAAAGUUUGUAAUGUUACCAUGGAGCAUUUGGAGAAGAGCAGUCUUUCUGAAGAGCAUGAGGCUCCUUCCUACAGUCAGGCUUUGCGUUGUACCCCAGAGAGCUCACUGGACAGCACUAAGAGGCUGAGGACUGAAGUGUCAAGUAGCCCUAGUCAAACCAGAAAUGGUGUUAACAUUCGUGUAAAGUUUACACCUACAAAUCAAAGAAGAGACCCAGAAGCAACAACAGGAAUGUCAAUGAAACCAAGAGUUACUGAACAAUCACCAGUCAAAGAAACCGGAAUGGAUCUGUCCAUGGCCAAUAGGAAGAGAGAGUUCCAGCCUCAUGUCAACACAGUGUCAGUGGUGAAACAAGUUGUCUCCCAACAGAAGAACAUGUCUAUAAGGAAUGGCAAUUGUUUGGAUGAGUCAAGAAAAGUCAGUCAGCAGCAUGAUGCAAAGUCCAUGCAAAGAGUCAAUAUGGUGCAGAGAGUUAGAACUAAGUCAACACCGAUUGCUGCGAUGCAAAGAGUUGAUCCGCCUUCAUCUGAGAAGGCAGUGAUGCAAAGAGCUAAUCCUGCGCCCACAAAGGUUAUGCAAGGGGUUGAAGCUGCACCUGUGAAGUCAAUGCAGAGAGCUAAUCCCACGUCCACAAAGGUGAUGCAAGAGGUUGAAGCUACACCUGUGAAAGCAAUGCAAAUAGCUGGCCAUAUCACUCUUUCGAAAGUGUUCAACAGAGAGAGUACUCAAGUUCAGUUGAGGAAAGAAACAGGAGGUCCCCUACUUGGGGGCCAGCUUAACACAGGGCGACCUACUCUGCUAAACAAGCCCAAGGUGUGUGCUGAUCCACCUAUCUUGUUAAGCAAGCCGGAGAUGUUGUGUGUUGAGCCACCUGGCUUGUUGAACAAACCGAAGGCGCAUGUCGAACCACCUGUUGUCAAGCAGCAGCAACAGAUUGUGCCCGAAGCACAAGAAGAGCCUUGUUCUGUUGGAAGUGUCUUGGCAGCAGCAUCCCCAGUAACAGAGGCACAACAGUCCAGCUCUGACCGGAAAAGCCGCAAGGCUGAGAAGAAAGGGAGGAAGCUUGCAGAUUUGUUUGUGAACUGGAAACCAUCACCCACACAGAUGGAAGAUACAGAUGUUGGUGACCAGGACUGGCUCUUCAGCUGCCGGGCGACCCCUAAAAAUAACUGCAGGACCUUCGAUGGAUCAGCAAGGUGUCAGCCUACCGAGCAGCUCUUCUCGCUGCAGCCCAGAGCAGUCCAUUUGCCUGACCUUCUUAUGUAUCAGCUGCCGUUUGUUGUGCCUUUUUAGGUUAUAAGUUUAGAUUUAGAUGAGUGACGGUUGUAAGUAGCUUAAUGGGCAGUGGACAACAAGAAGCUGUGAAGCUUUGUGGGAACUGGGAGCCGUGUUUCCUUGCUUCAGUUUUCCAGCUUAUAUGUUCUGUUGUAUGAAAAUCAUUAAAUCAGUGGAGAUAAUAACAAGCGAAAAAAAACUUCACACACUGUU